AUGUUCUGCACUGAGUUGGCUGCGGAGCAGUUCCCCUUUCCUGCCCCCGCUGGCACCAGAUUCUGUGAGAAAGAAGUUCCCUCACACUCCGAGACGACGCCCCUGUACACGACAGAGCCAGACGGUCGGCCCGAGGUCCUAGUUGCGGAGUGUGUCUUCACGGGGUGCAAGAGCUGGAUGUCCUUUCUUCCAGGCUGCUCGGAUAUGCACAAGCAGUGCGUUUACGUCUCAUUCCAAUACCUCGAGUUCGACUUCGCCUUCCGAGAGGCUGUCUGUACUCGCAACGACCUUAUCAGCGCUUUCAACACCUUGUUAUCUGAUCGUAAGGCGCUUGAGGAUGCCCUCAUCGCUACUCGCAUGGUGCUUAGCGGUUUGGAAGUAAUGCCUGGGACCCAGCAGGCUAGCAAGGCCAAAAUACUCCACGAGAAGAACGCCCAAAUCCAUUUCAGAGAACGCCUUCGGAUACUGCGCUGUCAGUGCGAAGAAGCCUUCCGACGCCUCGACAACGGCAUCCACAACUUCGGUCAAUACCUCUACUUCCUGUCCUUGUGCGAGGACUAUGGUAUUCCCCAGCUUGGCUGGUCGUGCUGGGGUGGAUGGCUCAGCGAGGAGAACGUGCGCUUCCCCGAGAAACGCGAGCACAUGUUCCGAAACGGGUGGAUGUGCGACGACUACGCUUUCCGGGCCGCCAAGGUCAUCAAUGCGUCCGAGACGCCUGAGGAGGUGAAGCAACUGCACGUGGACCUCGAUGGCCUCACCAGGGAAUAUCUUGCCUUUAAGGGCUACGCCCUUACGCCGACAGCUGCCGUCAUGCACAGGCCUCCGACGCCUCACGGCGCGGACGACCUUCCUCCUCCCUACGCGGUCUAA